UGGAGGCCAGACUGGGCUGGGAGAGGAGGGGGAGAGGAACGGGGAGACGGGACUGGGGUUGUUUGGGAGGGGGAGAAAGUGUAUCGCUUUCGGAGGGUGACGGGAGGGAGUUCGUUCCCAGGCCCUGCUGUCCUUGUCCGUGCACCCAAUACUGGCAUGCCCAAGCUCACCUAUAUCCAGACUUGAGGGCCACUGGGGGAAAGGGGGAAAGAACCAGUCCCACCGAACACCGACACUUCCUCAAACCUUCGGUGGAUUGUUGAAUGCAUCUGUUGUCAGAAAGACAGAAAUUCCGUCCCCCUCACCGCCUCCAGUUUGUUAUCUUCGAGCCUCCGCGGAGAAGCAACGGCGAGCGGCAGCCCACAAGCAAAAUGGCGCCGGGCAGCUUCAUCCCCUCCCCCUCUGCCCCUGCGGAGCGGGACGGGCGGGCCCCGUGCACUUGCCGCCGCCGCCGCCGCCGCCGCCGCCGCCGCGGCCGCCGCCGCCGUCGCCGCCAUUUUCCCAGAGCGAGAGGCAGUGACACUGAGCGGGCGCAGGGGGCCGAGUCGGAGACCGUGCUGGAGUUCGGGAGCGGCAACAGAGUGGGCAUAGACACUCCGAGCAGCCUCGCCGUCGUCUCUGCGUUCCUGUUGACUGCCUGGCUGCCCCCUCCCCUACUCCUCGGUUCCUGGUGGAGAGGCUGCGCGCUGCUGUUCGGGGAGGGGGUGUGUGGAGCCGGGUCCUGUGUCCGCAGUGGCUGCUGUCGGGGGGUCGCCUGUUCGCGGAGGUGCGGAGAGACUCCUUGGGGGUCGAGCACAUAACGGGGUUCGGGUGUCUCGUGUGUGAACAUCACAGGGUUUGUGGAUGCACUUAGAUGUUUGCAAUGAGCACUGUGGCUGGCAUGCCCCAGUGUUUUGGAUACCAAUGCAUAGGACUCCAUAGUAAUCGAAUUUACCAGAGGCGAACGUCAUGAGCAUAGUGAUCCCAUUGGGGGUUGAUACAGCAGAGACGUCAUACUUGGAAAUGGCUGCAGGUUCAGAACCAGAAUCCGUAGAAGCUAGCCCUGUGGUAGUUGAGAAAUCCAACAGUUAUCCCCACCAGUUAUAUACCAGCAGCUCACAUCAUUCACACAGUUACAUUGGUUUGCCCUAUGCGGACCAUAAUUAUGGUGCUCGUCCUCCUCCAACACCUCCAGCUUCCCCUCCUCCAUCAGUCCUUAUUAGCAAAAAUGAAGUAGGCAUAUUUACCACUCCUAAUUUUGAUGAAACUUCCAGUGCUACUACAAUCAGCACAUCUGAGGAUGGAAGUUAUGGUACUGAUGUAACCAGGUGCAUAUGUGGUUUUACACAUGAUGAUGGAUACAUGAUCUGUUGUGACAAAUGCAGCGUUUGGCAACAUAUUGACUGCAUGGGGAUUGAUAGGCAGCAUAUUCCUGAUACAUAUCUAUGUGAACGUUGUCAGCCUAGGAAUUUGGAUAAAGAGAGGGCAGUGCUACUACAACGCCGGAAAAGGGAAAAUAUGUCAGAUGGUGAUACCAGUGCAACUGAGAGUGGUGAUGAGGUUCCUGUGGAAUUAUAUACUGCAUUUCAGCAUACUCCAACGUCAAUUACUUUAACUGCUUCAAGAGUUUCCAAAGUUAAUGAUAAAAGAAGGAAAAAAAGCGGGGAGAAAGAACAACACAUUUCAAAAUGUAAAAAGGCAUUUCGUGAAGGAUCUAGGAAGUCAUCAAGAGUUAAGGGGUCAGCUCCAGAGAUUGAUCCUUCAUCUGAUGGUUCAAAUUUUGGAUGGGAGACAAAGAUCAAAGCAUGGAUGGAUCGAUAUGAAGAAGCAAAUAACAACCAGUAUAGUGAGGGUGUUCAGAGGGAGGCACAAAGAAUAGCUCUGAGAUUAGGCAAUGGAAAUGACAAAAAAGAGAUGAAUAAAUCAGAUUUGAAUACCAACAAUUUGCUCUUCAAACCUCCUGUAGAGAGCCAUAUACAAAAGAAUAAGAAAAUUCUUAAAUCUGCAAAAGAUUUGCCUCCUGAUGCACUUAUCAUUGAAUACAGAGGGAAGUUUAUGCUGAGAGAACAGUUUGAAGCAAAUGGGUAUUUCUUUAAAAGACCAUACCCUUUUGUGUUAUUCUACUCUAAAUUUCAUGGGCUAGAAAUGUGUGUUGAUGCAAGGACUUUUGGGAAUGAGGCUCGAUUCAUCAGGCGGUCUUGUACACCCAAUGCAGAGGUGAGGCAUGAAAUUCAAGAUGGAACCAUACAUCUUUAUAUUUAUUCUAUACACAGUAUUCCAAAGGGAACUGAAAUUACUAUUGCUUUUGAUUUUGACUAUGGGAAUUGUAAGUACAAGGUGGACUGUGCAUGCCUCAAAGAAAACCCAGAGUGCCCUGUUCUAAAACGUAGUUCUGAAUCCAUGGAAAAUAUCAAUAGUGGUUAUGAGACCAGACGGAAAAAAGGAAAAAAAGACAAAGAUAUUUCAAAAGAAAAAGAUACACAAAAUCAGAAUAUUACUUUGGAUUGUGAAGGAACGACCAACAAAAUGAAGAGCCCAGAAACUAAACAAAGAAAGCUUUCUCCACUGAGACUAUCAGUAUCAAAUAAUCAGGAACCAGAUUUUAUUGAUGAUAUAGAAGAAAAAACUCCUAUUAGUAAUGAAGUAGAAAUGGAAUCAGAGGAGCAGAUUGCAGAAAGGAAAAGGAAGAUGACAAGAGAAGAAAGAAAAAUGGAAGCAAUUUUGCAAGCUUUUGCCAGACUUGAAAAGAGAGAGAAAAGAAGAGAACAAGCUUUGGAAAGGAUCAGCACAGCCAAAACUGAAGUUAAAACUGAAUGUAAAGAUACACAGAUUGUCAGUGAUGCUGAAGUUAUUCAGGAACAAGCAAAAGAAGAAAAUGCUAGCAAGCCAACCCCUGCCAAAGUAAAUAGAACUAAACAGAGAAAAAGUUUUUCUCGGAGUAGGACUCACAUUGGACAGCAGCGUCGGAGACACAGAACUGUCAGCAUGUGUUCAGAUAUCCAGCCAUCUUCUCCUGAUAUAGAAGUUACUUCACAACAAAAUGAUAUUGAAAAUACUGUACUUACAAUAGAACCAGAAACUGAAACUGCACUAGCAGAAAUAAUUACUGAAACUGAAGUUCCAGCACUUAAUAAAUGUCCUACAAAGUACCCCAAAACAAAGAAGCACUUGGUCAAUGAAUGGUUAAGUGAGAAGAAUGAGAAGACAGGAAAACCUUCAGAUGGCCUUUCAGAAAGGCCUCUACGCAUAACUACAGAUCCUGAAGUGUUAGCUACACAACUCAAUUCUUUACCAGGUCUCACUUACAGCCCCCAUGUAUACUCUACUCCUAAGCAUUAUAUUAGAUUUACUUCACCAUUCCUUUCAGAAAAAAGGAGAAGAAAAGAACCUGCUGAAAACAUUUCUGGUUCAUGCAAGAAGCGAUGGUUGAAACAAGCUCUGGAAGAAGAAAAUUCAGCAAUUUUACAUAGAUUUAAUUCACCCUGUCAAGAAAGAUCCAGAAGUCCUGCAGUCAAUGGUGAAAAUAAAAGUCCACUACUAUUAAAUGACAGCUGUUCCCUUCCAGAUUUAACUACACCACUAAAAAAACGAAGAUUUUAUCAGUUGCUAGAUUCGGUUUACUCAGAAACUUCCACACCUACUCCUUCCCCGUAUGCUACACCAACUCACACCGAUACUACUCCUAUGGACCCAUCUUUUGCCACGCCUCCACGGAUAAAAUCAGAUGAUGAAACUUGUAGAAAUGGUUAUAAACCCAUAUAUUCACCAGUUACCCCAGUAACUCCUGGUACACCAGGAAAUACCAUGCACUUUGAGAAUAUUUCUUCCCCAGAAAGUUCUCCAGAAAUAAAGAGACGCACUUAUAGUCAAGAGGGAUAUGACAGAUCUUCAACCAUGUUAACAUUGGGGCCUUUUAGAAAUUCCAAUUUAACUGAACUGGGUCUGCAAGAAAUAAAGACUAUUGGUUAUACGAGCCCUAGGAGUAGGACUGAAGUCAACAGGCAGUGCCCUGGAGAAAAGGAACCUGUGUCAGACCUUCAGCUAGGACUCGAUGCAGUUGAGCCAACUGCCCUACAUAAAACCCUGGAAACGCCUGCACAUGACAGGGCUGAGCCCAACAGCCAACUGGACUCAACUCACUCUGGACGGGGCACAAUGUAUUCUUCCUGGGUAAAGAGCCCUGACAGAACAGGAGUUAACUUCUCAGUGAACUCCAACUUGAGGGACCUGACACCCUCGCAUCAGUUGGAGGUUGGAGGAGGCUUCCGAAUAAGUGAGUCAAAGUGCCUGAUGCAGGAUGAUACUAGAGGCAUGUUUAUGGAAACAACUGUGUUUUGUACUUCCGAAGAUGGGCUUGUAUCUGGUUUCGGACGGACUGUUAAUGACAAUUUGAUCGACGGGAGUUGCACACCCCAGAAUCCACCACAAAAGAAAAAGGUUUCUCUAUUAGAAUACCGUAAGAGACAACGUGAAGCUAGGAAAAGUGGCUCUAAGACAGAGAACUUUCCACUCAUUAGUGUAUCACCCCAUGCAAGUGGAAGCUUGAGCACCAAUGGUGAUGGCUGUGCCAGCAGUAAUGAGAAUGGGGAGCAGGUGGAACACACUGCUAGCCUACCUUUACCAACACCAGCUACAGUUUAUAAUGCCACUUCUGAAGAAACUAGCAAUAACUGCCCUGUUAAGGAUGCUACUGCCAGUGAGAAGAAUGAACCAGAAGUUCAAUGGACUGCCUCAACUUCAGUGGAACAAGUCAGAGAAAGGAGUUAUCAGAGAGCUUUACUUCUCAGUGAUCACCGAAAAGAUAAAGACAGUGGGGGAGAAUCACCAUGUGUCUCAUGUUCACCGAGUCAUGUUCAGUCUUCACCUUCAUCUCAUUCAAAUCACAUACCCCAGUUGCAAGCUAAGGGCCCAGUCCCUUCUUUCAGUGAACUGAUGGAAGACCCUGAUCCUGAAAAUCCAGAACCCACAACUACAAAUGAAUGUCCAUCCCCAGAUACUUCUCAAAAUACUUGUAAAAGUCCUUCAAAAAUGAGCAAGCCUGGUUCACCUGGAUCUGUAAUUCCUGCUCAAGCACACGGGAAAAUAUUCACAAAACCAGAUCCCCAAUGGGACUCCACAGUUAGUGCAUCCGAAGCUGAAAACGGUGUUCACCUAAAAACAGAGCUCCAACAAAAACAGCUAUCAAAUACCAACCAAGCACUUUCAAAGAAUCAUCCUCCUCAGACACAUGUUCGUAAUUCAUCUGAGCAACUUUCACAAAAGCUGCCUUCUGCACCAACAAAGUUGCACUGUCCUCCAUCACCUCACCUAGAAAAUCCUCCAAAGUCAUCCACGCCUCACACACCUGUACAGCAUGGUUAUCUUUCACCAAAGCCUCCUUCACAGCAGUUAGGAUCUCCCUACAGGCCUCAUCAUUCACAGUCACCUCAAGUUGGAACACCUCAGCGAGAGCCUCAAAGAAACUUUUAUCCAGCAGCACAGAACCUUCAAGCCAAUACUCAGCAGGCAACUUCUGGAACAUUAUUUACACAGACACCCUCAGGACAAUCUUCAGCAACAUACAGUCAGUUUAACCAACAAAGUCUGAACAGCACGGCACCACCCCCUCCACCUCCUCCACCUCCUUCGUCUUACUAUCAAAACCAGCAGCCCUCUGCAAACUUUCAGAAUUAUAAUCAGCUCAAAGGUAGUCUUUCUCAACAAACUGUGUUUACAUCAGGACCAAAUCAAGCACUUCCUGGCACCACAAGCCAGCAAACAGUUCCAGGACACCACGUGACUCCAGGGCAUUUUUUGCCCUCUCAGAACCCUACCAUUCACCAUCAAACUGCUGCUGCCGUAGUCCCCCCUCCUCCACCACCACCACCUGCUCCAGGACCGCACCUUGUACAACAGCCGAAUUCCCAUCAGCAACACUCUGUAGCACAUGUAGUAGGGCCUGUUCAUGCGGUCACCCCUGGGUCGCAUAUUCAUUCUCAAACUGCUGGACACCACUUACCCCCACCCCCACCCCCUCCCGGUCCUGCCCCUCAUCACCAUCCACCACCCCAUCCUUCCACAGGACUCCAAGGUCUACAAGCACAACACCAGCAUGUUGUAAAUUCAGCACCCCCACCACCCCCUCCGCCGCCACCUUCCAGUGUUUUGGCUUCUGGGCAUCAUACCACAUCAGCUCAAGCCUUACACCACCCACCUCAUCAAGGACCUCCACUUUUUCCUUCAAGUGCUCAUCCAGCUGUACCACCGUAUCCCUCACAAGCUACACAUCAUACCACUUUGGGACCGGGACCCCAGCACCAGCCUUCUGGAACAGGGCCACAUUGUCCAUUACCUGUCACAGGUCCUCAUCUCCAGCCCCAAGGACCAAACAGUAUUCCAACACCUACUGCUUCAGGGUUCUGUCCUCAUCCUGGCUCUGUGGCCCUGCCACAUGGGGUUCAAGGACCUCAGCAGGCAUCUCCAGUGCCUGGACAGAUUCCAAUUCACAGAGCACAGGUGCCACCAACAUUUCAAAACAAUUACCAUGGGUCAGGGUGGCAUUAAAAUGGACUCCAAAAACAUUUUUUUAAAUGUUCUGUAAGAUAAACUGUAUAUUUCAUAUGUACCUGUUAAGGUACUUUUUAAAGCUUGUACAUGAACCUUUGUAUAAAAAACACCAGUGCUCUUUCGUUGUAUUUUUCUCAUUUUUGCUUUUUAAAAUUCCUUUUAAAAAUGUGCUGUUAAGCCAGUAUUAGGUAUCUUUAUUUUGUAAAUGAACAUUCCAGCUGUUUUUUUCUGGCAGAUCUGAUGCUGAUUUGAUGCUGUAUGAUCUUUAAAUUUUAUUUUUGCAGUUAAAUUCAUUUAGUGAAUGUUCUAUUAUUUUAUACAUACACAUUAAGUACUCAGCUAAGUAAUGGCACUAUGAGGAUUUUUUUUUUUUCUUUCCUGUCAGCAGCAGUUCUGUGAAUGCAUCUUAGGUAUAAAAAUGCAAUACAGAUUUUUAUAUUUUGGUGUGGACAUGGCUCAUUUUGUUUUACGAGUUAUUUGCAAGCAAAAUGUAAUUUAAUGUAUAGAUGAUUUCUAAUGUCUCCUGACAAACUGUAAAUACUGCAUUUCUUUUGCGUAUAUAAUUGCUUACAGCUUUUCUCAUUUGAUAUAUAGCAUUGUACAUAUGACAAGUCAAGUCUUUUGCAAAACUGUGUGAUCUUUGUGAAAGUAGUACAGUAUAUGACCUUUAAUUUCUUUUUUAUUUUAAAUAUACUGUCACAUUGAAGCACUGGUUGGGCAUUUUAAUUCAUGUUAAUAAAUCACAAUUAUGUCAGUUUUA